AGGCGGCGGCUGCGGCUGCGAGGAGGAACAGGAGGCGGACGACGCGGGGCCCGGGGGGCGGGGGCGGGGCGCCAGCCAUGGACAAUCAGUGCACUGUACAGGUGAAGCUAGAGCUGGGACACCGAGCCCAGCUGAGGAAGAAGCCCACCACUGAGGGAUUCACUCAUGACUGGAUGGUGUUUGUUCGAGGUCCAGAGCAAUGUGACAUCCAACACUUCGUGGAAAGAGUGGUGUUUCGCCUACAUGAUAGCUUUCCAAAACCCAAACGGGUGUGCAAAGAGCCCCCUUACAAAGUGGAGGAGUCUGGCUAUGCGGGUUUCAUCAUGCCCAUUGAAGUUCACUUCAAGAACAAGGAGGAGCCGAAGAAGGUUUGCUUCACAUAUGACCUGUUCCUGAAUCUUGAGGGAAAUCCGCCUGUGAAUCAUCUUCGUUGUGAAAAACUGACUUUCAACAACCCCACCAAGGAAUUUAGAUCCAAGCUUCUGAGGGCAGGAGGGGUGAUGGUAAUGCCAGAAGGAGCAGAAACGGUAUCCAGGCCCAGUCCUGACUACCCCAUGUUGCCCACAAUACCACUCUCUGCCUUCUCAGAUCCCAAGAAGACCAAACCAUCCCAUGGCUCCAAGGAUGCAAAUAAGGAAAGCAAUAAGGCCUCCAAACCCCAUAAAGUGACCAAGGAACAUCGAGAGAAGCCAAGGAAAGACUCUGAGAGCAAAGGCUCCUCCAAAGACCUGGAUCGUGAGCAGACUAAGCCACCGAAGGACAGCUCCCGGAAACCCCCUGAGAAUAAAUUGCCUAAGGAGGAGAAGGUACCUCCAAAAGCAGCUUUCAAGGAACCAAAACUGGCAGUAAAGGAGACCAAAUUGGAAAAUAUGUCUCCAAAAGGUGGGCCCCAGCCUGAGCCUAAGCCUUCCAGCAAGCGGCCUGCCAAUGUGGACUCACCAAAGCCCAGCGCCAAAAAACAAAAAAAAAGCAGCUCCAAAGGCACAAAGAACAUCUUGGCAACCUCUCCCCGGACCUCGUCUUCCUCGUAUUCAGACAAGAAGCAGACUAAGGAGAAGAUGAAUGCCAAAGCUGAGAAGGUAAAAUCAGAGAGUGAGCCCAAGGAGAUCAAAAAACCUGUGGAUCUGGAAGAGUCUAAUUCUGAAGAUGAAGCUUCCUUCAAGUCCGAGUCUGUCCAGUCCAGUCCUUCCAACUCCAGCUCCAGUUCGGAUUCCAGUUCAGAUUCGGAUUUUGAGCCAUCUCAGAACCACAGUCAAGGCCCUCUGCGUUCUAUGGUGGAAGACCUGCAAUCGGAGGAAUCAGAUGAAGAUGAUUCCUCUUCUGGUGAGGAUGCUGCUGUCAAAACGAAUCCAGGCAGAGAUUCCAGGUUGAGUUUCAGUGACAGUGACAGUGACAACAGUGCAGACUCUUGCCUGCCCAGUCGAGAGCCCCCUCCUGCUCAGAAAAUGCCUCCGGCCAACAGCAAGGCAUCUGGAAGGAAGAGUCCAGAAUCCUGCAGUAAACCAGAAAAAAUUCUAAAGAAGGGGACAUAUGACAAGGCCUACACGGAUGAGUUGGUGGAGCUUCACCGGCGGCUCAUGGCCCUCCGUGAACGCAAUGUGCUGCAGCAGAUUGUCAACCUCAUCGAGGAGACCGGACACUUUAAUGUCACCAACACCACCUUUGACUUUGACCUUUUCUCUCUGGAUGAGACCACCGUCCGCAAGCUGCAGAGUUACCUCGAGGCCGGGGCCACAUGACACUGGGUCCAGAUGGCAGGCGCCUUGGGAAACCGUCAGGCCAGUCUCCCAGUACCAGGAAACCAGUCCCCACAAGUAGACCUUACUCUCUCAAUUCACCCGCAGCACUGCCUUAGCAAACAGCCAUGCUCUCUGAAUGCACAGCUCAACAGGCCUUUCCCCUUGGCUACGGGGAGAGUCCUGGGCACAGGUCUGAGCAAAGCAAGAGGAGCCGAACAUCCCUCCCCCACAGAGAGUCAUCGUAUUCGGUUUUACUUUGAAAACUGCUUUUAUGUCAAGAAACACAUCAGGUCUCUCUUUUGAGACAGGAAGAACUUAACUGGCGCUACAGCAAACGGUUUCUUCACCUGACCUCACGACCAACCCCCCCAAGCAGCAGCUGCCUUUUCCCAGCUCUGGGGAGGGGGGUUUGUUGGGGGCAAUGGUUUGACAGUUGGGGCUUCCUGAGCCGUCUGGGUCGGCUCCUGUGGAAUAGAAAUCCUAAUCCCCUUCCCCCACCCUUUGGUCCUGCCUUGUUAUCCCUCCCCAAACAGUUUGGUACAAGUAAAGUUCUCCCUCCCACCCCCUCAAUUCCACCCUACCCCGGGUCUUGGGAAGGCAUCAGUCUGGCUCUAUGGCAGGGAUGCCUUGUGUCUCAGCCAUGAGCAGGGUGGCCAACCUCAGAGCCUCCCUCCUACCAGUCUGCUUUAACUGUCCUAGGAUUCCAAGCCUCUGUAUGCUGUAUAUAUUCUCUAUAUAUUCUAUAUAUGUAUGUAUGUAUGUAUGAGCGCCGAGUCAGGCUUCUGAUUUUAGGGUGUAUGUACCUGGUUCUUGUUGUGAAUCUCAAUGGCACAUGGGAGGAGGAAGGCAGUUAGUAAAGUUUGACUCUAAAAACAAAGGAUUUGGGGGAUUAUGUGGGGAGGGUUGGUUUCGUUGCCAUAUCCAGAAGUCAGUCAGGGUGAGACUCCUUUGGCCAGAAUGGGCCUUGUCGUCCAGGAUGUUCCCAUCACCACUGCCUCGCUCCUCCAAGCCCUUUCCCUACCAGUUUUUUGACUGUGCCCAAGGAAACCAGAACAAGGGAACAUUGGGGUGUGGACGCCGCCCUGCUCUGGCCAAGUUGAAGGCCUUCUGGCUCCUCCCCAGUGAACACUAAGGAGCAGCGGUUUCUAGCUAAGAGGAGGGAGCAUUCUGACACCGAGCGCAUGGCUGUCUAGUGAAACUAGCAGCGGUCUCUGAGCACCGACUAUUCCGUAGCCGGAAUACAGCGCGCUUAAAGCUGUCUCCUGGAUUCAGCUCUUCCUUUGCUUAGUACUCUUUGAACUUUGAAAAUGGAGCUUUUGCCAAAUAAGGUGGGAGAAAAGCAAGAUUGGAACAGACGGCGCCCCAGGAAGGUUGGGGUGCUCCUCGUCGCUUUCCCCGCUGCUCCAGGUAACAGCCGGACUCUCUUCUCCCCCAUCCUGGCUUCCUCCCAUUUGUCUGCCAGCUCUGGCGCAGCUGUUUUUUCUGUGGUGAUAGAUAAUGAGCAUGUUAGCGUGGGGCCACCUGGAUCCUCUUCCUGUUCACUAGGGGCCCGUUGUGUGCCACCUUCCCUCCCCUACUCUUCCUCGUUUGUUUUAUCGUCAAGAUAUGGCCAGGUCAGUUCUUCCCCUGGCUCUGGCACCAGCUUAGAUAGAAGCCCCAUAAGAACAAGAGAUCUCUACCGACUCAGCAUUAGUCCCAGCCCAGCUCUCCUGAAAGCAUGCCCACCUCUUUCCUUUUGCUGUAGAACAAAUUCUGCGGCCUUCUCCCAGGCACCUGGGGCUUGGCACUUGGGUCUGUGUUUCUGCUGGGAGCCAUGGGGCAGGGGGCCUUCCUGCAGCAUCCCUCAGACCCCAUGGACCUCAUCCCAUCCACUCGCAGCCAGGGCCUCCCUGUCCCCCAGUUGGACUGGGGAUGGGAUUCCCCUAAACAAGUCUUCUUGGCUCUGGGGGUAGCACUCUAAGUCUCUCCUUCCUUGGUAGCCUCUAGCACUUCCAGAUGGCAGCUUUCUGUUGGAAAGUCCCAUCAUUUGAGGCCCUCAAGGAAAAUUCCAAUGGGUGCUUUUUGCAAUCGGAUUACCCCUCAAGGACCUAUUCUGUACCUCAGACCUCAAAAGAGAAGCUUCUCCUUUCCUGCCCUCCCUCUGUCCUGACUUGGGGUGACAGCCAUAUCUUGGGAGUACUAGAAAGUACAGACCACAUCUCCUGUACUCCACACUCAGGGCAGACAGGUCUGAGAGAUAGAUUUUCCAGCAUUCCUCAGAUUGGCAUUGCCUUGAAACUCAGCCUCUCCUUCCCCCACAAAAACAUCGACAAAACCAGCUGUCUUAAAAUAUGCAGGCAGAGAGCGUGGGUAGCCAACAGCUGAAUUGCCAAUGGUCACCUUACAGCUUGCCACAGUCUUUAAUAUCUGUGGCAUCAGGAUUUUUUUUUAAGGGCGCUUUGGGGGUUCGAGGGCCAUUAACCCCAGCCUAUGUUUAUUCCCUGAAUGUGGAGUAGAUUUCUUAAGCACUGGUUAGUUUGAAGGUUGGCUUCCCUCCAGAAGACCUGGACACAAGGAGUGAGGGAGAUGAGGGCAGGGACCCAGUCCUCGGUCCCUUUGUAAUUUGCCUGCUGGAUUGUUCUCACUCACUCUGCUGGAUAAUAUCCUAAAUUCUUUUCCUUUACCCCACCCCUACUCCCUAAGGGAAAAAAAGUCCCUAUACUUGUUAAGGUUUGUCAGGUGUCCCUUCCAUGUGGCAGGCUGUGGGGGUCUCCCUGUACACUUGGGCUUCUUUAGAAGCCUGUAAGGGUUUCAGGAGCACCCCCUCACACAUACACUCGGCCUGCUGUGGGGCCCGCCUCUGCAGGGGAGGACUCUGCAAGACUGGAGUAGGAGAGAGGGACUUGCCUUUGCACUCCUUACAAACAGUAUGUAAGUACGUAAGCCUCAAACUGAGUGUUAAUUCCUUGUAUUCUGCUGUGUCUUUGAACAAAAAAAAAAAAAAAAUGCCGAAAGCAAAGGUAUUAAAUACCUUCUAUCACAGGAGGGUUUUUAACAGAACAUCUCUGGCACUGAACUAAUUAAUAUGUUCUUCUGGCUGGAGACAGACUCCUGGAUCAAAGAAAUGAGGAGAAUCAUGUUUGUAAUAAGUUACAGGAUUGUUUGUGUCCUGGAUUUUAAACUUUUUUUGUUAAAUUGUGAAAUUCCAGAGGAGUUUUAUAGAAAACAGUGAAAUAAAGUAAGAUGGGAAAAGUCUA